UUUCUUGUCCUAUUAAAGAAAUGGUGUAAUCUAAUACGUGUGGUAAAUUAAAUUGUAUGUAUUAAAUUAACAAAAUAACACAAUGGAUCAUAAUUUGGAAGAUACUUUAAAUUUGGAAAGUGCAAUAAGUGAAAUGGAUUUCACUCAAUCGGAGGACACAGUUGAUGGUCAGGCAGGUAUCAGUCUUGAUGCAAGUGGUCCUGAAGGUGAUAUUCCAAUGGAAUUUGAAAACAUUGAACAGCAGCCUAUCUUAAUGGAUACAGGAAGUGAAGAGAUUAUUGUUUCAGAUUUUAUGGGGGAACAGUUUACACUACAGGAAUAUUCAAUCGGAGAUGAUCAGACAUCAGGUGCCACUACAACAGAAGAAUCUAAUAUAAGAAAUACAUUGCAGGCUCAAUCAGAGACCAUGAUAGACUUGCAUUUUGAAUCACCAGUAAAUAUUAAACAGGAGAAUGUACCACAAGCAAAAUAUAUUUCUGUGAAGGCGGCAGCACCACGACCUGUAGCACCACGUCCAGUUGCCAUCGCACCAAAGCCAUCAAAAUUCAGCACAGCCAUUCACAAGUCAGAUUUGGUUCAUGGAAAACAAUUUGCUAUAGCACCCAAACCAAUUGCAUUGGUGGCAAAUAGGUCUGGCCUCCUACAGAAUACAUCAAAAUCAAAUACAGUUUUAGCACAAAUAGGAAAGCAAUUGGUUAUGAUGCCUGCUGGGGGCUCACAGAAGAUAAAACUUGUGUCAGCUGCAAACUCUAGUGUAUCUACCGUUCAGUAUACCCAAAUAUUGUCGAAAGCUGUAACUACUACGCAAUCUCCUAAACCUGUACUUGCAAAAGUAAUAGGACAAGGACAGAGUAACAAUCCUCCUGCAGUGAUCACAAAAGUAUUGCCGGCUGCAGGUGCGGUGCCGCCGCAUGCACGUUACGUAAUGCAACAGAAAACUAUACCAAUAUCUAUCGGAGGCAAUAAGGUGUUGCUGACAUCUCCAACCAAACAAGGGAAAAAGCAGCAAAUUAUAACUAUAAAGUCAUCUAAUGCACCCGUGAAGCAGACUCAAGCGCCGUCUACAAAAAAGAUUGUCAUCACAGCCAAUUCAUCCAAGAACGUUAUAUUGAAACCUACUGCCCCUAAAACUGCACAAAUAAACAAAGAGGGAAAAGUUUUAAUGCAAGGACAAAGAUCGCAGCUUCAUAAAAUUGACGUUCCAGGCAAAGGCAUCCAAUUAAUACGGCUAAUAACAAAUCCGACGACAUCUGCCAACAAACCUAACACAAAGCAGCCACCAGCUAUAGCUGUGCCCGCUAAAACCUUUGUUUUACAGGAUAGUAAAGGUAACUUAAUCCAGAUGACUGCUGAGAAAAUGCUCAGUGGUCAACCACCGCCCUUGGUCAUUACUGGCAAUAGUACUACAGCUAGUAAAUUGGCGUCGAAACCUCAGCAAAAGUUGGUGCGAAUAGCAGCAGCGCCGCCCGUCACCAAAAUGUCGCACUCUCUGCAACCGACCCGAUCAGCCCAAAGCCUACUAGCCCCUCUGACAACUGUUGUCGAGACAACGUCAUCGAUGGAUGAAAUAAAUGAAAUUCAGCUAUUGCCCCACUCGUCGCCCAUAGUUGAAGAAGUAAUUGAAGAGGCGGUAGCGGAAGAAGAAGAGGUGCAAGAGGAAGUCGAGGAAGAAGUAGUUGAGUCGAAAGACGCACUACGAGCACUAAUAGCAAAUACAAUCGGAGGUGUACCUGCCCUACAGUCCAUGCAGGAAGUUGAAGUGGAGUAUGAUAGAUCACAGAGUCCAACACAGGAAGAGUCCGUAAACAGCAUACAUCGGCACAAUUCGAGUACUGCCUCAGAUGAACAUCCACUCAUUGUAAUACCUUCCAACUAUAGAAAUUCAGAUGAGUCACUUCUUGUUGAAGAUAUAGUUAAGACUGAAGAACAUAGCAGAAUAAAUCACUUGCUAAAUGUAGAAGAAGUUUUAAAUCCAUUCCAAUCGCCUACAACGCCCCCACCUGUCUCGGAUUCAGAUGUCGUAUCCACGGAGUUGGGCUUGCGGCCGAGGAAGGCGUGCAACUGUACGAAAUCCCAAUGUCUCAAAUUAUACUGCGACUGCUUCGCGAAUGGCGAGUUCUGCAAUCGUUGUAACUGUAAUAAUUGUCACAAUAACCUAGAGAACGAAGAGCUGCGCCAGAAGGCCAUCAGGGCAUGCCUCGAUAGGAAUCCUAAUGCAUUCAGACCAAAAAUUGGCAAGAGUAAAACAGCCGGUCCGGAAAUAAUACGCAGACAUAAUAAGGGCUGCAAUUGUAAAAGAAGUGGAUGCUUGAAGAAUUACUGCGAAUGUUAUGAGGCCAAGAUCGCGUGCACGUCGAUGUGCAAGUGUGUGGGGUGUCGCAACGUGGAGGAGACGCUCUCACGAGCGAGACGACGUCCCGCGCCGCGAGACCCGCGCCGCCGCCCCGCCUCGCCCGCCGCGCUCUACCGCCCGCCGCCGCCCGCACACCACAAGCAGCCGUGCAGCUUCAUGACGUCUGAGGUGAUCGAGGCGGUGUGCCAGUGCCUGGUGGCGGCGGCGGCCGACCCGGGCCGCGGGGACCCGCCCCCGGACGAGGAGCCCGACCCCAUGCGUGACGUCAUCGAGGAAUUCGCGCGCUGCCUCCAGGACAUCAUCAGUGCCUCGCACCACACCGCACCGCUCGCCGUCGGCGACGAUCUCUGAUCUUCUGUGUCUUCACGCCAGCUUUUUUAUCAGGGCCGUGCGUGAUAUUGUAUCGUGGAUAUUGCAUCGUAUAUAGUCCGCCAUUGCCAAGUGAUAAUAAUUAUUUUAAUAAUAAAAAUUAAUAUAAAUAGCUCAACCAAUGUUAUUGUAAGAAAUAAUUUAUGAUCAAAAUAUAAAAGUUUGUUAAGGACUAUUGUUUAUAUAAAUAUUUGAGUUGAGUCUUGUACAGUAGUAGAUAAUGAAAACAUUGUUUUUUAAAUUAAAUAUGUGACAACAAGCAACUGUAAAUAAUGUUAAACAACCCGAUCAGAUUUUAUAAAAAAAUUAUAUUCUCGUAAAUAUAUAUGAAAUUGUAUAUAAGAUUUGUAAAUUAUUGUUUUACUAGUCUUAAGAGUACCUUUGAAUCUAAGGUAUUAAAAUGUAUAUAGUACUAAU